AUGCAGUGGACCAAUAACCGAAACGGCACCGCAUCUAUUAUCCCGGGCUCUCCGCCGUACAACUUCAGUUCGUCGACGGUCGUCGUCAGCUAUAUCUCUUGCUGUAUCGGUGUCAUUCUUGGCUUAUUCUUUACCGGAUAUUCCAGCGAUUGGCUCACUAUCCGGCUUGCCCGCCGCAACAAUGGUGUUAUUGAAGCUGAGCACCGACUGUGGCCUUUCCUCCUCUGCAUCGUGACAGUGCCAGGCGCUCUUCUUCUUUGGGGAUUAGGCGCUGCAUACGAGAUUCACUGGUUUGGUCUCAUGGUUGUUAUGCGUAUCCUCACCAUGUCGAAUACUUAUGGUAUCACAGUAUCAAUUACCUGGUAGACAGCUAUGGCGAGCUGAGCAACGAUGCCAUGUCUACUAUUAUGCUCGUGCGAAUUACCAUCUCAUUUGCCAUGGAAUAUGGAAUAACGCCACGGAUUACCAACUUGGGCUAAUAAAAUUGUUUCAUCACGGUAGCAUUCGUCGCAAUGUCCUGUUUUAGUAUUUUUCUUGUCCUGAUGAAGUAGGGAAAGACGUUUCGCGAGCGCAGCCAGGAGAAGUACUGGGACAUUGUCACUGAGAAUCGACAGCGGGGAAUGGACCAUUAAACGACCCGUCCAUGCAGAGGUGUCUGGGC